AUGCUGUUAUGGCUGGCAUAUCAAUCCGUGGGCGUGAUUUAUGGCGAUAUUGGCACCAGUCCGCUCUUCCUCUUCUCGUCCAGCUUUUCGUCCCCUCCCUCUCGACAAGACCUGAUAGGCGCCCUCUCCAUCAUUACUUGGAGCCUGUUCAUGAUGGUGACUGUCAAGUAUGUGCUGGUGAUCCUUCAUGCCGAUAACGACGGCGAAGGUGGCACUUUCAGUACCUAUUCCCUUCUCAGCCGCUAUGCCGUCUGUCAGUCCUCGCCACAUAUGUUAUCGUUCUUCACGAGGGAACCGUCAUUUACAAACCUGUCGAUCGCCAUCCGUCAACCCUAG